AUGAUCCGAACGCGUGACACAGAUCUAACCACAGAACAGGUACAAGUAAUCCGGCAUACAUUCGAUACGUUCGAUCCGGCACAUAAAAGUUACCUACCUUACGAUACUGUAGAGUAUAUGGUAAGAAUCAUGAGGGUUGCCACGGGUAAAGAUCUACAGUUUAUCGUCGCUAACGCGGACACCAACGGUGACCAACGCAUACAGUUCGACGAGUUCCUGGCGUUGGCCGAGCGGUUCCUUAUAGAGGAGGGCCCUGAUGUUGUGGCACAGGAUUUGCGCCAAGCGUUUGAUACGUACAACACGGACUCAGACGGUAUGAUUAGCGACGCGGAUAUGAAAGAGAUUUUACGUGCAAUGGAUGUAGAGUUGACCGCCGAUGAGUUGGAUGUAUUGGUCGACCAGUUGGACAGAGACGGCUCCGGUAGUGUCCACUUUAAUGAGUUAACAACGGUUUACUUCAGUUAUCCCAAUGUCUAUAGCGUUAACGUUAAGCCGAGCACUGGUUUACAAUUACCUGCGAUUACUAUCUGUACGGAAAGGGAUGUGUUUUUUGACAAAACAAGGAUUAAUAAUGAAUUGGGUUUAAGCAAUGAAUACGAGAAGUGGAAAGAAAAG